AUGGCAUCCGCUGACGUAGCUACAAGAGGGAGUGGAGGCAAGGUUGCCGCGGGCAAGCACGACGGCAUGUGGGCCCACGAUGAGAAACAGAAGGACAUCCGCAGACAGAACAUUAUUGCGGCGAAAGCUGUGGCGGACGCCGUGCGGACGAGUCUGGGACCUCGCGGCAUGGACAAGAUGAUCCAAGGGCCCAAAGGCGACGUCCUCAUCACAAACGACGGCGCGACAAUCCUCAACGAAAUGGCCGUCGUUCAUCCCGUGGCGAAAAUGAUGGUCGAGCUCUCCAAGGCGCAAGACGUGGAGGCUGGAGACGGGACGACGAGUGUUGUCGUUCUCUGCGGCGCCUUCCUGGAGGCUUCGCAGCAGCUGCUUGACCGCGGCGUUCAUCCGCAGCUGAUUGCGUCUUCGUUCCUCGAGGCCGCCAAGCAGUCUGAAGAUAUUCUGCAGUCGAUGGCCGUCCCCGUGGACCUGAACGACCGCGAGAAGCUGAUUCAGAUCGCCUCGACGUCUCUGCAGUCUAAAGUCGUCAGCCACAACGCCAAGCUCCUCGCCCCCAUCGCCGUCGAUGCUGUCCUCAAGGUGCUGCCCGAGGGAGGAAACGCGGAAAACGUGGAUCUGAACGACAUCCGCGUCGUGAAGAAACUCGGCGGCACAGUCGACGAAAGCGAGUUGGUGAAGGGUAUCGUCAUGGUUGAGCAGAAAGUCAGCAAGCGCGCGGGCGGCCCGUCCAGGAUCCAAAACGCGAAAAUCGGUCUGAUUCAGUUUUGCCUCUCGGCGCCCAAGACCGACAUGGAAAACAACAUCAUCAUCAAAGACUACUCGGCCAUGGACCGCAUGCUUCGCGAAGAGCGCAUUUUGAUUGCCAAGAUGGUCAAGCAAAUCGCUGCCACCGGCUGCAACGUGCUCCUUAUCCAAAAGAGCAUCCUCAGAGACGCCGUCAAUGAUCUGUCCCUGGACUACUUGGCGAAGGCCAAGAUCCUCGUCGUGCAAAACAUUGAGCGCGACGAGAUCGAGUUCAUCAGCAGGACGCUCGGCUGCCAGCCCGUCGCCUCGCUGGACCACUUCACCGCGGACAAGCUCGGUCACGCCGACCUAGUCCAGGACGAACUCGUGCCGGGCAGCGGCCACAUCGUCCGCAUCACGGGCGUUAACGCGAAGAACACCGUCACGGUUCUCCUCCGCGCCUCCAACAACUUGAUGCUGGAUGAGACUGAGCGUUCCCUACACGACGCUCUGUGCGUCGUGCGCUGCCUCGUGAAGCGGCGUCAGCUUCUCCCUGGCGGAGGCGCAGUCGAGGCUGAACUGUCUCUACGCCUCAACGAAUGGUCUCGCACGCUGCCAGGCGUGCAGCAGCUAUGUGUCAGAAUGUACGCAGAGGCUCUCGAGCUCAUCCCGUACACGCUCGCCGAGAACGCAGGCCUGCGUCCGCUGGAGAUUGUCACGGACUUGAAGAAGAAGCAUGCGGAAGGCGAGAAUUUGGUUGGCAUCAACGUGCGUCAGGGCUGCGUGACGAAUAUGCUUGACAUUAACGUGCUUCAGCCGCUCUUGGUGAGCUCGAGCGCGGUCAAGCUCGCCACGGAAGCUGUGAUGAUGAUUCUCAAGAUCGACGAUAUCGUCAUGUGCCGAUAA